AUGGCCGACCUCAACGACGCCGCGCAGUUCGCGCUCUGCGUGGCGCUGGGCAUCUCCUACAUCCUGAAGCCGCUGCUCGACUUCCUGGACGGGGCCAACAAGCCGCUCAGCCCGGUCCUCGAGUUCGCCGUUGCCGUGCUCAUCGCCACGCUCCCGCUCGCGUACCUCAUGGGCAUCCUCCUCCUGCAGCUCCAGGUGGCCCCGGGGGCGCCGGCGCCGGCCGUGCCGCCGGCACCCCAGGGGGCGGCGAGGAGGCUCGCUUGCUUCGCCUGCACCUUGGUGUCGGCUGUUCUUGCUGUGCUCGCCGUGGCCCUCAUCGCCUUCUGGUUCCUCACGCCGCCGUGA